CACACCUACCAGUUUCAUAGAUCCAUUCGUUAAUAUUGUUUGCUUGAAACGUGUUGCGUGUUAUUUUUUUUUGUUAUUUAUACAUGUAUUCGGAUUUGGUGAAAAAAGAUCUCAAGAUUUUUAUUUUCUAGUGUUCAAGGACAAAAAAGUUUAAAUUUAUAUGCAAUAAAUAAAGGAAAUUAAUUACGAUGGAUCAAGGAUUUCCAGCACAACACACUACAACUACCACUGUAACGACGAGUACAACUACAACACAACCAAAUAUUCGAUUCGAUUCGUCUUAUAUAAGAACAUUGCCUGGAAUUCUUAAAAUCGUUCAAGUAGUUCUAAAUCUUUUGGGAUUUAUAUGUAUUACGGUAUCGUCUUAUCAUGCUAGCCGCGGAGAAUGGUUUAAUACUGUGGCUAUGGGAGGUUUUUGGUUCACAGGAAUAUUACUUGUUUUUUAUUUGUUUCAUAUUGUAGAAAAAUUCUCGAAAAUUCCUUGGUUAAAAAUUGAAUUUUUAUUUUGUAUAAUUUGGACUGCUUUCUAUUUGCUGGCUGCUUCUCUUGCAGUUGAUUAUGCCAAAUAUAUAGAAGCUUACGGAGUAGCAGCAUUUUUCGGAUAUUGUGCUAUGGUAGUUUAUGGUUAUGAUGCCUGGCUUAAGUUCCAAGCAAUAAAAAAUGGUGCAUUAGCACAGGGACAGCACACACCGAAACAAGUGUCUACAGUGACAAGUCCUGCGUACUAAUUUUAUCAUAAAAUAUAUGAUUUUUUUGAUGAACUACACAAAGACCAGUUGUAAAACAUAUCAUUGCUUUUAUAGAGAAAAUUUGAUAAAUUUACUUUCAAAUUUUUCUCAUUUUAAUGCUUUAAUGCAAAAGAUUAUCAAACAAGAACAGGAUACAAUAGAUUUGAAAAUUUCAUUAUCUUUUAUCUAUAAAACUUAUAUAUUUGUGUAUACACAUAUUAUGUAAUUUCAUGAAAGAAAAGCAAUAUUCUAUAAUUUUAUAUCUUUGUACUAUAAAAAAAAUUAUAUAUAUACAAUUAUAAUAUAAUGCGUAUUUCGGAAUUUUUCAUAUUAAUAAUAUUAAUAAUGAUAAUAUAUUAUAUAUGUAUUUAAUUUUUAAAAUCUGUUAAUAUUAAAAUAAUAUUUUUAACAGAUAAUAUAUACAUAUAUUUGUAUACAUAUACAAGAAAUAUAUAUUUAAGUAUUGUGUUCACACUAUAUGCAAAAUCAAUUAAUAUAUUUGUAUUCAUUUUGUAUUUAAUUUUUUCAUUUUAUACAAUGGCAAUUUUAUUGCAUUCCUGAUUAGAAUGAGACAUGGACAGAUAGUUCUCUUAAUUUAUUUGUAAUUAUUCAUAUAAAGAUCAUAAUAGAAUGUAUUAUAUAAUAAA